AUGCCUACUGGAGGAUGUAUGUGCGGCAACGUCCGCUAUGAGGUGCAGGGCGACAUGGAGGCCCAGAUCCUUUGCCAUUGUUAUGAUUGCCGUAAAAUCUCCGGAACGACCUAUUCGACCAACGCCCUCCACAGCAAGGAUGGAUUCAAGAUCCUCCAGGGAACUCCAAAGGAACACAAGAAGACAGCGGAUAGCGGGAACAAUAUUACAUCCUUCUUCUGUGGUGACUGCGGCUCCACCAUGUGGCGAGAAAGCGACAGCUAUACUGGCAAGAUGAUCAUCAAGGUGGGAACUCUAGACGAUCAUAGCAUCCUUGAUAACUUCAGCACCAAGAUGGAGUUGUUCACCAAGAACAGGCCCAAGUGGGUUGGCACUCAAGAGGGCGCCGCUCAAAAGUAA